AUGUAUUUCAUGAGGCCUUUGCCGGAGCUUGUGGAGAGUAUUCUGGCAGACUUCAGAACUGCUACUGCAUUGCAGCACCGCCAGGUCCACUUUUGCUUCACGAAGCCAGUGGAGCAAAGUCUUUUGUCGAGACUGACUGAGGCACCUCAUUUGGCACCUCGUGUUCGGUCUUUUGUGGAAGUGCCGUUGAACUUUGUUCUUGUACAGGAUCGCGGAUUUCACUUCGACAUUCCAGAGGCCAUCACAGGCCUUUUUCCAGUGCCAGACUCACAACUUGUGUCGGACGUGGUGCAAAAACUGGUUGAUGUUUGCCGAUGCUUACAGACCACUUCACCAAGUAUCCGCUGCCAGUCAGACCUUUGCCACACCAUUGGGGAGAGGGUACUUCGUGAGCUCAACAUGCACAAAGCUCCAAACACACCAAGCCAGCCGUGCCAACUGCUGAUCCUCGAGCGUUCACUUGACAUGGCGGCAGCACUUGUUCACGAGUACUCCUAUGAGGCCUGUGUCUUUGAUCUGCUGGACGGCAACAUGUUCGAUGCAGACCGAAACGUUGUGACACUGAAGACUUCUUCAGGUGAAAGUAAAGACAAGAACAAAGAGAUGCUCCUAGAAGAUCCCCUGUGGGAGGAGCUGAAGUAUAUGCACAUAGAGGCGGCACGAUCUCAUGUGGAAGCCAAGGUGGACGAUGUCAAACGUCACAACGUCCAAAAUUCCACCGCGAUCAGUACAAGUGCCAUGCUGGAGCAACUGCGUGCUGCUCCUGAAAUGCGAGAUGCCGUUGAUCGAAUGUCACUCCACCUGGCAAUGAUCAUGCAAAUCCACUCGCGGUUGAGCCACGAGCAGAUCUUGGAGCCACUUCAUCUUGGUCUCUUGGAGCAGGACAUCGCCUGUGGCAUUGAUCGAAAUGGCAAAGAUGUGAAAAUUGUGAACUUGCAGCAAACUCUCCUCAAGAUUUUCACAGAUCGGCCGGAGCUGCCAAGUGAGAUGAAGCUGCGCUUGCUGAUGGUCUUUUUUGCGUGUGUCGCAAACAUUCCCGAGGCAAAUCGUUCAAAGCUCAUGGAUGCAGCAAAGUUAGAUGCCGAGGAUCACCAGGUUCUCAUUGGAAUGCUCCGAACGCGUUUGAUGGAGGUGCCUGAAUCUCAACGCUUGAAGCAGGGCACUGGUUGCGCCCAUCGAGUCACCAAACAACAGGCUGUUGGAUGGGUACGCAAUCGUGCUGCCGUCUUCCCGUUGCAACUCUUGGGCUUUGAGGUGGAUGUCAUCAACUCGGUACAAUUCAGCUGUCACACUGGCUAUCCAGUCUUGGCAGGGCAAAGGGUAUCUGGUGAUGACCUAAGAGCUCUGGUUCAGGGACUGUCUCAAAAUGAGGCAUUGGAUCACUCCUUCUUGCUCACUGGGUACAUUGGAGCAGUUUCCUUCUUGCAAGAGAUCUUGACUCUCCGCCAGAUGUUGCCCAAAGACUGCUGCUAUGUUUGUGAUCCGGUGAUGGGUGACAAUGGUCACUUGUAUGUCCCAGAAGAACUUGUUGCAGUGUACCGAUCUGAUGUUUUACAGCAUGUCUCAAUCCUAACUCCUAAUCAAUUUGAAGCCGAACUGCUGACAGAGAGGAAGAUCACCAACAUCCAGGAGGCCAUUGAUGCUUGCAAUCUCUUGCACUCCAAAGGGCCCAGGGUUGUUGUCCUAACCACCUUGGAUGUUCCGGAAGCCACUCGUGGCGGUGAGUCAGUGGCCAUGCUCUUAUCAUGCCAAGGUAGCCGGAAGUGGCUUCUGCGUGUCCCCUGGAUUGGAGGUGGACCCUUCACUGGUACUGGGGAUUUAACGGCUGCAAUGAUUCUUGCCUACAUGCACAAGGUCCCACAUGAGUUGCCGUUGGCACUUGAAAAGGCCGCGGCAGUGUUGCAGGGAGUGCUUCGGAACACGGUCUCUUGCAAAACUGCACGGACUAUCCAGGGCAAGCGAGUGUCCCCAGAGCUUUCGCUGGUUGAGUCCAAAUCAGUCAUUGAGUCGCCUACCAUUGUGCAUCACUGCCAAUUGGUUGAGUCUCUUGGCAUUGCCGGUGUUCUCUUUGAUGAGGAAACACUGGACGAUGAAUCCAACAAGAUGCUGCAACUCAUGAAGUCCAGUGGUUUGAAGGUUGGCAUCAUUUCCAAGAAGGAUACCGCUCGCUUUCCGGACGUAGAGACCAGGACAUUCUCAGACUCACCACAAACAGCCUUAGCAGAUCAGAUUAAGCAGUGGGGAGUCGAAGCGUCUGCUGUACUCAUUGUCGCAGCCUCCAUGAGUUUCAUCCGUUGCAGUGGCUCUUUGACAGUGGCUUUGCUCAAACCUCGAGGUUGCAAUGGUGGCUACAACGGUGAUGCUCAAGAUACAGCUGCUCUUGCAGCGGAGGCUGAAGGCCGCUUCGAGCUGUCGCGCUUUGAGCCCAGACUCAAGGAGGUAUUAGAACAACUCGCUGAAGAUCGUCUCAGUUUAGAGGACUUUGGCUUGUGCCAGAGCACCGCGAAUGACUUCGGCCUGCGUGAAGCUGGCUAUGGAGAUGUACUUGGACCAGCAAUUCAGGCGAAGGAUGACUGGUCCUUUGCAUCAGUCACAGGAAGUGUCGAAGCAGAAAGGACGGAGGUCUCGCACAGGAUCGUCGUUUUUGUGCUUGGAGGCUUCACUCACUCCGAGCUACGAGUAGCAAAAGAGGUCCAAGAAAAGCUUCCCAGGGGAACAGAGGUGAUCAUGGGAGGAACAUCCCUUCUUACUCCAAAGAGGCUAAUCAGAGCUUUGAGGCCUGAAAUCAUUCGGCGAAUGGAUCAUGAAUCGUUAUGA